AUGGGGUGGAUAGCGACAACCAGGAACCUUGCAAAAGGUGCCCGAUCGAAGGGGAAGCGGGUCUACCACAAGGUAUUCGGACCCUCUCAUCAGCAAUGGCAAUGGGUGAAAGAUAUGCUGAAUAUCCUCAUUAAGGAGCAGCGCCUGCAGAUGUCGCUGCCCAGGGCCAAGGAGCUCCAGCAGUACGCCGAGGAGAUUAUCUUCUUGGCCAAGAAGAACUCACCCUAUCACGAUGGGCUUGUAGAGAGCAUGCUGACCUCGGCGGAGGCGCGGAGGAUUCUCUACGAGCGCAUGCUGCCCAGAUACCAGGACCGCCACUUUCACUUUUCGCGAGUGGUCAACCUUUGGAGGUACAGGCAGCGAGACACAACUCCGUUGGCUAUACUGGAGUACGUGGAUAGACCUGGCGAGACGCGUCCUGCCAACCCGGUGGGAGCUGCGAGGAAGCAGUACGUGGCCAUGGAGUUCCUUCAGACACGACGAGGCAGAAGGAAACACCUGGCUGAGGUGCAGAGGAUGCUGGACAGCAAGAGGGAGCCACCUUUGGACGCUGCGGUGCUCGAGCGCUGCCGCUUCGAAUGUACAAAGUACCAGGGCUUGCCGAGUCCUGAUGUCGAGUGA